AGAAAUAAAGAAGAAGAUGAGGAGGAAACUGCAGUUGCUCUUGAUUUUUAUCAUUUGUGCUGCUCCUUUGGUUAUGAGCUGGUCUCCUAAUGGUGGACACAGAAAGGACAAAGGUAAUUCUACUCCAAGAAGGUUAGCUGGCUCUAAAAACUGGAAUUCUGAACUUUACCCCAUUUGGAAGGCUGGAGACUCCAGAUGGCAUGACUGUUGGAUAGGAGGACCGAUUUCAGUUGAAGUUGACAACGACACCCCCACUUUAACAGGAGCUAAAUCCACCUUCUACAUUAACUUGAAAUUGAACAGGAAUCAGACUAUUCGUUCUGAUGGACGGAUUGUUUGGGCUGAAAACUACACUCUGAAUGGCACACACAUAAAUGCUGGUGAGCCAGUAUAUCCUAAUGAUACGCUACAGAAUGACGAUGAAGUAUUUCCAGAUGGAAAAUCCUUUCCAAGGACCUCCAGGAAGAAAGGAUCCAAAUUUAUCUUUGUUUGGCAAACACUUGGGAAGUACUGGCAGGUGAUAGAUGGUCCCUCCUCUCUGCUGACCAUUGACACAGCAGAUAUCCCAUUAGGAUCCUUUACCAUGGAGGUGAUUGUGUACCAUUAUCGUGGGCGUAAGAAAUUCAUUCCUAUUGGAAAAGCUACAUCGCAGUUUACAGUCACAGAUCAGAUUCCAUUCUCUGUUGACAUUUCCCAGAUCAGUGACCUCAAUGACGCAGACAACAGCUUCAUACAGAACCGGGCUAUUCUAUUUGAAAUUAAGCUCCAUGAUCCUAGCCAAUAUUUAAAAGAUGCUGACGUCAGCUUCACUUGGGAUUUUGGAGAUGGCAGUGGUACCCUUAUCUCCCGGAUGCAUACGGUGACCCAUAUCUACCUCUCAACAGGAGUUUUCAAGCCAAGAGUAGUCCUACAGGCUGCCAUACCAUCUUCCGAGUGCAGCACAGCCAAUCCGACUGCUGAGAGUUCAAAUCCAAUUAUCUCAACCAGGAGCUUUGACCCCACAUCAGCUCCCCCUGUUGUGAUUUCUGAACUGACUGUGUUCCCUGCAUCUAGUCAGCCAGCUGCAGGGGAGGUUUCCACAGGAAAUACUGCUCCCUCUCAACCACCAACAAUUGAACCUAUAGCUGUAACUUCUCCAGUAUCUGAUUCUCCAGUACCACCAUCUCAGCAGGAAUCAAUCAUAAUUCCCACUGUCACCGGGGGUCUUGUUCCGAUUCCUUCUUCCACCAUCAAUUCUGCUGCCCCUGAUGAAACUUUAAAUGCAGUUAUUGCUGUUUCAGAACAAGAUAUAAAUGCAAGCCCUGCUACUGAUGAUGCUGCAAAUGCAACCCCAGAGCAAGCUACAAAUGCAGCAACUGCAGCUCCAGAGCAAGUUACAAAUGCAGCAACUGCAGCCCCAGAGCAAGUUACAAAUGUAGCAACUGCAGCCCCAGAGCAAGUUACAAAUGCAGCAACUGCAGCCCCAGAGCAAGUUACAAAUGCAGCAACUGCAGCCCCAGAGCAACUUACAAAUGCGGCAACUGCAGCCCCAGAGCAACUUACAAAUGCGGCAACUGCAGCCCCAGAGCAAGUUACAAAUGCAGCAACCCUGGUCACUGAUGAAGCUUUAAAUGCAGCAAUCGCUGUUUCAGAGCAAACUAUAAAUGUGGAAGCAACCAGUGCAACUGUAAAUGCAGCAACUCUUGCCACUGAUGAGGCUAUAAUUGCAGCAACCUUCAACACUGAUGAAGCUCUAAAUGUGGAAAACACUGCCUCAGAACAACCAACUGAUGAACCUGCUACAAAUUUGAUUCUAGACAGUGAGACAACUGCAACAGGCACUAAUCAAGGAUUGCUGCUGGUGAAACGACAGGCUCUAGAAGACCCAGCAGAUAAUUGCUUUACCUAUCGCUAUGGCACCUUCACGACUACUAUCAAUACCAUUCAGAGCAUUGAAAGUGUGGAAAUAGUGCAAAUUUCAAAUGUAGUACCUGGCUCUGUGUCAGAGAUGCAGCAAAAUGCUGUGGAUUUCACAGUGACCUGUCAAGGAAGCUUUCCAAGUGAGAUUUGUACUGUUAUCUUGGAUGCAGACUGCAUAAAUCCUCAGCAAACUGACUGCAGUGAAGUGCUACCCGCCAAUGAAUGUCAACUUAUCCUCCGCCAAUUCUUCAACUCCUCUGGGACUUACUGUGUGAAUGUUUCGAUGACCAAUGCAGUCAGCUUGGCUGUUGCCAGUGCACGUGUUGAUGUGAACCCAACUGCAGGUGGGACACCAAAUACCACUGAGGCACUAGUACUUGGAAUGUUUCUCAUUGCUAGCAUCAUUGGAGUUGUAGCUGUUACCUACAGGAAGUACAAGGAAUAUGCUCCAUUGCAUCAAAAUCCCUCGAGGAUUCAUUCCGAGUGGAUUCCAGAGAGAGGAGUGGUGAACAUUUUCCUGAAAAACAUAUUCAGCCGUCCACGGAGUGGAGUGGGCGAGAAUAGUCCCCUGCUGCACGGGUGUGUUGUCUGAAUCAUUUCACAUGAGUUAUUAAAGCAAAUUCAUGUAACUAAUAA